AUGGAGCGCAAAAUCAAAGAGCCUUCUGACAUGGCCCUUUGGUACGCAUCGCCAGCCUAUGGCGAUAUCACCGAUUUCUUAAAAUCUUGCAAUACCCAGCUGGCGGGCAAGACCCUAAGUGCCCUUGCAACUUUCAAAGUAUGCCUUGCAGAUUCAAUUGCACUAGAUCCGCCUUUGGCAACAAGAUAUGGAAAUGCGGCAUUCAGGCGCUUCAUUUCAGCGGUCGAGUCAGAUGUGCUACCAAAAAUAGCGGAUCUUGAACUGCGGACCUAUCUGCUUGAAAGCUUUGGAAAUCCACUCAGGAUCGAUUAUGGCACUGGUCACGAACUCAUGUUUAUUUGCUUUCUUACUAUUCUUUGGAAACAUCUCAACUUUGCGUAUCAAUCUAAGACGGCAUCUGAGGAUCAAAUCCUGUUCCCCUGUACCAAGUCAGGAGAUCAACUGUCGCUGAUGGACAAGCCUUCUAUCAAAGAAGCGCUUGACAUGCUUCCGCUUCUUUUUUCCAGGUACCUGGAAAUAUGUCGCUGCAUCCAACUUCGUUUUCGCUUGGAACCCGCAGGCUCACAUGGUGUGUGGGGACUCGAUGACUUUCAAUUUAUUCCAUUUCUUUGGGGCUCUGCCCAGCUCAUGAAUGAGGCUGAAGAAUCUUCAAUACCCCCGAGCGCCGCCGUUCCGAAAGAUAGCCUCUCCAUUGCCAUGAUAGAGGAGUUGAGUCAGGACUAUUUCUACUUUGGCGCUAUCAAUUUUAUUUGCACAGUAAGUCCCCUUCUUGCAGGCCAACUUUAG